CAAGCUGCCGUCUCUGGCAUUUCCUCCUUUUCCUGUGCUGCUGCUGCUGCUGCCGCCUCCUCGGGGCAGAGACGCACCUUCCGCGUCCUGCUGCCUUUCCUAGCGCAGCCAGCCAACGCUUUGAAGGAUGAAGAAUAUUGGAGACUUGCCAGAAGACGUCCUAAUGGACGUGUUUGUCUUAGUCCCCGCCAAAGAGUUGGUUUGCCGCUGCCGUCUGGUUUGCUCGCUCUGGCGGGACGUGGUGGAUCUUCCCAGUCUGUGGAAGCGCAAGUGCCACAGGGAAGGGUUCUACCCCAAGACGUUGGAAAGGACUGUCCCGGACUGGAGGGUCUUCUACUUCCUCUGCACCAUGAAGAAGAACUUAAUCCAGAAUCCUUGUGCUGAAGCGGAGUUUAGCUCCUGGAAAAAAGAACGCGAUGAAGGGGAUGCUUGGAAGGUGGAGACGCUUCCUGGCGCUCACGGGAGGGAUUUUCCUCAUCCGGAUGUCCAGAAAUACUUCGUCACAUCUUACGGGCCCUGCAUCAAAAAACAGAUUAUCACCUUGAAGGAUCAUGGCUUCUGGGACCAGCUGAUGGACAAAGUCAAGCCUGAUAUUGUGGUGAAGGACUGGUACGCUGCCCGCUUUGACUGCGGCUGCCGUUAUCAACUCUCUGUGCAGCUUCUCUCGGCCGACUAUAUCGUCCUCCACGAAUUUGCCCCUGAGGACGUGGUCAUUGAGCAGUGGAGCGACGCGGAGUGGCACGAGAUUUCGCACACGUUUCACAACUACCCUGCUGGUGUCCGACAUAUCUUGUUUCGUCACGGAGGCCAAGACACGCAGUUCUGGGCAGGCUGGUACGGCGUCCGUGUAACCAACAGCAGCAUCACUCUUGGGCCGGAGGUGGCGGACUGACUUUAUCUACGCACGUAAUAAAAAGGGUCCCUUUCCAA